AUGACCCUGAUGGGUGUUCAUUGGGUGCUGAAUGUCAGUCCCUACUCAGAGGUGGUGUACCGGGACUCCAGUGUGUACGGGGUGGUGGGCAAAGCGGUGAUCUUGGAGUGCGGCCCCACCUUACCUGACAUGUACCUAUGGAGCUUCACCAAGCCCGGAACUGAUGGUAUAAAAGCUGUGGUGUACGAUUUGGGGAAAGGACAGAAAAUCCAGAAGCUGGCCAAGACGCUUGGGCAGAUCACGGUCAUCUCAAAAAGCGCAGCUUUAAGCAUUGAAAAACUGCCUCGGGCUGCACACGGUCUGUUCACCUGCCAGGCUUUCUAUGACAUAGUAGGGGAGCCCAAAGUCUACUACUACUAUGUUCACCUCACUGUCCGAGUUCCCGUCAGUAAGCCUUACCUCCUGAUGAGCGAUGCGUCUCCAGUGGAAGGGUCGACAAUGUGGAUGCGAUGCAAUCUGGACAAUGGGACCGGACCAAUCCAGUAUGUGUGGCAGCAUGAGAUCCGCAAGGGCAACAUCUCCAUCAUCACAGACUUUGCAAAGAGCAACACCAGCGCUAUCAACGUGACAGAGGUCAACCGCAACCACACUGGCUGGUACCGCUGUGUGGCCAGCAACCCUGUCAACAGUGAGAGGUCUAACCGGUUAUGGCUGGACACCAUCUUUGGACCGGACAUCCCUCAGAUAGAUGUGACUCCGUACAGUGUAACAGAGCGGGGAUAUUCAGCCCUGGAGAGAGAGACUGUUUCUUUACUGUGUCAAGCCCAGUCCAACCCGAUCAGUCAGUACGUCUGGUACUACAACAACUCCAUGGUCUACUCCGGGCCGCAGUUUACCAUCACCAAGAUCCUCCGUAUGCACACUGGCGAAUACGCCUGCUUGGCACAGAACUCCUACCUCAACACCCGCUCCAAAAAAACCAUCAGCCUGACUGUCUACUAUGGCAAAGAGUACCCACCUGGUGGCUCCCCCUCCUGUUCUGUGGAGCCGGCUCUGAAUCACACUACUCUGAGGCUGCUCUGCUCCUGGCCUGGCGGAUUCCCCUCCCCCUCCCUCCACUGGAGCGGACACCUGAAGCGAGCAGGCCAAGCCGAGGCUGACACAGGGCAGCAAACCAAUCCACUGACCAACACUGCCAUCUUGUUGCCGUCUGAAAGCCUGAAGUCCAACAACAGCUUGUUUUCUUGCAUUGGUUCCCACGUGGCGCUCAAACAAUCUUCAGAGUGCAUCACACGUUCAUAUGUUCCUCCUGCAGAGCCGGAGUGUUUAGCCUAUGUGACUAACAAUAAAGAGUAUCUAAUGCUGUCCUGCUCCUGGGAUGGAGGGGCCCCAAAAGCUCUGGUUUGGUGGGAGGGCCCUGGUGGCUACGUCAAAGGAGGUGAAGAAAACUCCAACAUCCUGAUUCUUCGCUACGGCACCGCCCGCAGUGGGAAACCCUACACCUGCCACGCUAAGCAUCCACUUCUGGCCCAAACCAAAACCUGCAGGCUCACACUUGAGGCUCCUGUACUGCUGACACAGCGCAGAGUUGUGUCUGUAUAUGAAGGGAGUGACGUUCAGCUGACCUGCAACCUGAGAGCAAACUACCUUCCCGCCACUGAAAUCGCCUGGUUUAACAAUCAGGGUGUGGGCGUCCGAGACACCUUCAAGUACUCGCUGCUGCGAACAUCUGCAUGGGCCAAUCUGACUGUGAGAGACACAGAUGAGACUCAAGACAGCGGCGAGUACAGGUGCUCCACUUCAAACGCAGUGGGAGGAACUGAAAUCAAUGUCACUUUAGUGAUCAAGAGGCACCCCAUGCCACCCAAUGUGACCCUGGUCAAAGUGAUGUACAACAGCCGUCAUCGUAAUGAGGUGGAGCUGGAGUGGCAGGUAGAAAAUGAAGAAGGAGGAGGAUGGACAGGUUUCAUCCUGCAGCACAGAUGGAUGUCUGAGCGACCGGGAAGGAGAGGCAGCAACAACGAUUCAAAGGAGGAGACGGAGGAGAGGAUCAGUCCGAUAGUCUGGUACCGUAAUAUCAUCGAGGACCCAGAAGUCAGGAGUCAUACAGUAGGGAGACUGACACCAACCGUUACCUACCAGUUCCGCAUCACACCUGUCAACCACCGCACCGUCGGACACCCUUCUGCAGCAAAGACUCCAGCGGAAUCACGCUACAAUGUGUACCCUGCUGUGAUCGGAGCAGCUAUAGGCGGGAUGCUCAUCGCAGCUAUCAUCACAGCGCUGCUGCUCGUGUACAUAAUCCGCAACCGCAACAACAAUCCUCGACUACAUGACAUGCUGUUUGGUUUGCAGCACAGCCAGUCGAGGGAAAACAUCAACUUCCCGGAGGACGAAGUGGUAGGCAGGUCAGAGGGAGGAAUAGAGGAGAUUGGUGAAUCAUCCAGUCCAGGUCCCACCAUGGCUUUACCCCGGGCAGCUUCACCCCUCACCACCUCCCCUCUGAGUGCCACCCCCACCAUCAGCCAAGCCCCUCCCCCUGGAGAAGAGCCUGUCAGCGUCACCAUCACCGUCAAGGCUACAGGCUCAUAGUCAUACAUGUAUAUCACAGACUCCUUCAGUUGUAAUGUAACCUGGAAUUUACAUUUUUGUAGACAUUUAGACGGUUUGCACACUCAGUUCAGUUUGUGUAGCCUGCGGCUUUGAUCUCAACUCAUCUACAGUAAAAGUUAUUUUCAUAUAUCUUUCACUCUUUGAUCCAUUGAUGUUAACAUUAAAUUAUAUGUAUGCAUAUCA